GGCGGCCGGGUUUGUCCCCUGUCGCUUGGUUGUUGUGAAGAGUGUGCGCGUGGAGGGUUGGAAGGAGGGUCAGAAGUAAAGGGACGUGUCGGAGUAGUGCUCCAUUGCAUUUAUAUCCCGCCUUCCUUCCCUUUUGGAAGGAGACUAAGGCCGCUUGCAUUUUUGUUAGGUGCCGCCAAGGCGUCUCCUACCCGAGAAUGGACGCCCUCCACCGAUGCCCUGUCGGGACAGCUCCGGGCAGGUGUUCCCUUACGGAUUAUCCCACUCCAUCUCAUACGGUCUUUCCUUUCGUCGUCUGCCUUCGGCUUUCCCUGGUGUGAAUGUCUUUCUCUAGUGGUGUCCGAAGCAGAACAGCCUCCGUUUUGUCGUGGUUACUUAACUCUUCCUUUUCAUAGAAUCGUAGUUUCAUAGAAUGGUAAAACCGGCAGAGGCCAAGAAGGCCAUCGGGUCCAACCCCCUGCUAAUUGCAGGACACCAAGGCACACCGUCCCACCCGGAUCAAUGCUCUUGCUUUACGGUUUCUCGUUUGCCUUGGUUCAUACUUUUCUUCCCUUUCCCUUCACAUGACCUUCUGAGAUAGGCUAAGCUGAGAUUUGGUGACUGACCCAGCAUCACCCACUGAGUUUCAUGACCAAGUGGGGACUUGGCCGGAUCUCUUCAGUCUUGUGCUGCAACCACUAUUACUCAUUGCUGUGAAAUUAAAUGGGAAAAUAGGUGGUUUCUUCUGGAGCAGCUGCUUGAUUAAAGGGGCUCUAAUUAUAGUAAGCAUUUUGAAAUAUGCAUGUAUGUCUGCACAUGUAAAUUAGCAUAUGUAACGUAUGUCUGUUCAUGCAAAUUCUCUAUCACAGCAUUUUUUCCACUUUGCAGUUCUGGGGGUGGAAAAGAGGGAAUCAGCUACUUGGAUUCAUGUAAGGUGUUUUGUAACUUUUAAAAAAACAUGUAAAUCUCUGUCAGGAGUGCUGUUUUCUCAUGUCCUGUUGUGGGCUUUCUAGAGACAUUUUGUUUGCUACUAAGGAAGCAGAAUGCUGGACUAGAUAGAUCCAGCAAAAAGCUCUAACAUGUUUCUUUUCAUUGCCUUAAAAAUCCACAGACUGAUGAACAGGGGAUGCUUCCUACAUCAGUUAAUGUUACGUAAGUUAACUAGACAUGGCUAUCCUCAUGUUCAAAGUUCUCCUUGCAGUGCUGCAAUUAGGAAUGUCAUGGUAUGCCAGAAGUGUAUGAAAGUACUGCAGUUAAUCAAUAACUAUUUUGUUUCUUCAGUUAUUAUGUUGCUAACUAGAGUUGUGUUUUGUACUGGAAGCAAAACAAUUGCAUUAAGGUUGCAUUAAGGUUGCCUGUUAUCCAGGAAAGGCUGUAUUCUGCAGCCUGUAACUGUCAAGGAACAACUUGUAUUGUUUCUCACUUUGCAUGACUUGUUCUGAAUUUUGGGGGGAAGGAUAAGAAGUUCCUUGGGGUACUGACACCUGAUUCUCUUAAGUCAUAGAAAAUUAUCUUUAACAAUUUGUCUCUUUUUGAGACUUUGUAAGGCAUUGUUAACAGCUUUAAGUAUAAGGACUAGAAACCCUUUUAAAAAGUCAAGUUUCAUAAAAGAAUUCUGCACUACAUUCUAUGGUAUUUCCACACAGUUCUGUAUGCUGUAUGGAGAAAUGAAGAAAGUUUGAGUCCGUGAGAAUUUUUACAGUGUCUGUCACAUUUUCUUGGGAGUAUACCGAAUCCUUUCUAACAGACAGGAAUUUCCUGCACAGGGAUGGGUGUGCAGGGAUUCUUCAAACAACAUGGAAUGGGUUCCCUGGAAGCAAGAAAUUCAAAAUAUGUGGACCCAUUUUGUAUGGAACGUGGGGGGUUGUUUCCAUAUAGAAUAUGCUGAGAACUAUUAGUAUGAUGCGCUUAGGUGAUUAUGUGCCUCAUCUUUCAGAAUUUGAGAAGAAGAUGGUCAAGUUUUCCAAGAAGCUGAAAGAAGCCCUUCCUGGGAAUGACUGGAACUUUAUGGGGAUGGCAAGAGAACUCCCUCCUGAGCAUGCUGAUGUGGUCAUCAUUGGGGGUGGGAUAAUGGGCUGGUCCAUUGCCUACUGGCUGAAGAAGAAAGAACCACGGAGCAACACCCUUCGAGUGGCUGUGGUGGAGAGAGACCUCCAAUACUCUAAAGCCUCUACAGUUCUUUCUGUCGGGGGGAUACGGCAGCAAUAUUCAAUGCAAGAAAAUAUCCAGAUGAGCCGGUUCUCAGCAGAUUUCUUGCGCUCAAUCAAUGAUUAUCUUUUUGUUGUCAACCAACCACCCAUAGAUAUUCAGUAUCAGCCCUCAGGCUAUCUCUUCCUGGCUUCAGAAGAAGGAGCUGCUGUGUUAGAGGAGAAUGUACAGCUUCAAAGGACGGAAGGAGCAAAGGUCUGCCUACUGUCACCAGCACAAAUGAAAACCAAAUUUCCAUGGUUGAACACAGAUGGCGUAGCUUUGGCCUCCUACGGCUUGGAAAAUGAAGGAUGGUUUGAUCCUUGGACACUUCUCAAUGCCUUCCGGAGGAAAGCAAUGUCUAUGGGUGUCUCCCAGAGCUGUGGUGAAGUGACAUCUUUUAAUUUAUUUACGAAAACAAUAGUUUCAGAUGAAGGAGAACUGCUUAAUUGUUCCCGUAUCAGGUGUGUUAAUGUUCAGCUGCCUGACAGUAUUGAAUACUGCCCAAUAACAUGUGCCAUAGUAGUAAACGCAGCCGGAGCUUGGUCCAGCAGAGUGGCAGAGAUGGCUGACAUUGGGACUGGGCCACCGGACUCGCUAUCAGGGAUCAAGUUACCAGUGGAACCCCGGAAAAGGUAUGUCUAUGUUUGGCAUAGUCCUGAUGGGCCAGGGUUGGAGUGCCCUAUGCUAAUUGAUACUACAGGAGCUUACUUCCGGCGGGAAGGUGUGGCCGGCAACUACCUUGGAGGCUUAAGUCCUACAGAAGAGGAAGAGCCAGAUAUCCAGGAUCUGGAAGUAGAUCAUGAAUUCUUUCAGGAGAAGGUCUGGCCCAAGCUAGCCCACCGAGUGCCACACUUUGAGUCCCUGAAGGUGAAGAGUUCUUGGGCUGGUUACUAUGACUACAACACAUUUGAUCAGAGCCCUGUGAUUGGCAUGCACCCACUAGUGGAUAACCUCUACUUCGCAACGGGCUUCAGUGGCCAUGGCUUACAGCAGGCGCCAGCUGUGGGCGAAGCUGUAGCAGAGUUAAUCCUGAAUGGCAGAUUCAAGUCCAUCGACCUUGAGAAGUUCUCCUUUAGUAGGUUUAUCAAAGGGACCAAGGCUUUAGAGAAAAACAUCAUCUAAUCACAUCAGAGCGCUUGAGAAUCCAUCCUGAUGGGGAAGAUGGCCUUCACUGUCAUGUGGCUACUGAUUUUAUCAUGGAUUAUCAUCAGAUCAUUCUGGAUUUAAUGUGAUAUGAAGAUGUGGAAUUUGGAUUCAUGGUGCAGGGAAAACCAUUUCUAAUGAUUGGUCAAAGUUUGUCAUAAUUGAAACUUCCUUGCAACUGCUCACCAAAUGGAAAUGUUCUUAAAAGCAGAGAACUCAUAUUUCAGUGCAAAAAGAAUAAUAGCAUUUUUCUUACUGCUGCUGUUGUUAUUUGACAUACUAUAAUGGACACAUGGCCUUCUACUAUUAAUGUGUAAUUUGAAAAAUAUCAAAACGAGAUGUCUCAUUGAACUGGUAAUUAAUGAACUUGGACAUAAAUUUAUCUUAAAGCCAAA